AUGGCGCUCUCCCCCCAGCACAGCAACCACGGCCCCAAACACGCCCAGCUUCCCCAUUCUACGAGUACAGAGGACACGGCGCUCUCCCCACCCCAGCCCAGCCCAGCACAGUCAAACACGUCCCAGCUCCCCCUCUCCAGCUGCACCGAGGCCCUCGGCUCGCCGGCUCCAGACGGAGUCCUGCCACCUCUGCCGAUGCCGGAGGCUGCGGCUGGCAUCGCACGGGAUACCCAGGUGAGCGACGGACAAAGCUACGAGAAACAAAACCACAAUCACUUCAGGAGCUUUGCAGCAGCUCAGCCGAACCCCAACAAUUCCCAUACUCACACUCUCCCAGCUGCACCGAGGCCCUCGGCUCACCGGCUCCAGACGGAGUCCUGCCACCUCUGCCGAUGCCGGAGGCUGCGGCUGGCAUCGCACGGGAUACCUGGGGGCUGUUUUUGGCCCCUCCCAGGGAAGCACUAUGGGGUGUCGAGCUGCGAGGGCUGCAAGGGCUUCUUCAAGCGGACGAUCCGCAAGGACCUGACCUACACGUGCCGCGACAACCGCGACUGCGUCGUCGACAAGCGGCAGCGCAACCGCUGCCAGUACUGCCGCUACCAGAAGUGCCUGGCCACCGGCAUGAAGAGGGAAGCGGUGCAGGAGGAGCGGCAGCGUGGGAAGGACAAGGAGGGGGAGGGGGAUUUCGGGGUCCCCCCUAACGAGGAGAUGCCGGUGGAGAAGCUGCUCGAGGCGGAACUGGCCGUGGAACCCAAAUCCGACGAUGGCGCCGGGCCUGGAGGCACCUCGCCCAAUGACCCGGUGACCAACAUCUGCCAGGCGGCUGACAAGCAACUCUUCACCCUUGUCGAGUGGGCCAAGAGGGUCCCCCACUUCUCGGGGCUCCCCUUGGACGACCAGGUCAUCCUCCUCCGGGCAGGCUGGAACGAGCUGCUGAUCGCGUCGUUCUCGCACCGCUCGAUCGCGGUGAAGGACGGGAUCCUCCUGGCCACGGGGCUCCACGUGCACAGGAACAGUGCCCACAGCGCCGGGGUCGGGGCCAUCUUUGACAGGGUCCUGACGGAGCUGGUGUCCAAAAUGCGGGAUAUGAGGAUGGACAAGACGGAAUUGGGGUGUCUGAGGGCCAUCAUCCUCUUCAACCCCGAUGCCAAGGGCCUCUCUAACCCGUCGGAGGUGGAGCUGCUGCGGGAGAAGGUUUACGCUUCCCUGGAAUCCUACUGCAAACAGAAGUACCCGGAGCAGCAGGGCCGGUUUGCCAAGCUCCUCCUGCGUCUCCCAGCCCUCAGGUCCAUCGGCCUCAAGUGUCUGGAGCAUCUUUUCUUCUUCAAACUCAUCGGGGACACCCCCAUUGACACGUUCCUCAUGGAGAUGCUCGAAGCCCCCCACCAGCUCUCCUGAGAACUCCCAAAAUCCACCCCAAAAAAACCCCCAAAAUCUCCCCCAAAACACCCCA